AUACACUCUGCACACUCUAAAAACCACGCCCAUUUAUCACUUUCUUCAAAAAGAAAAAAAAAAAGAAAAAAAAAGGAGGGGCUUUCUUGAUCUCAUCAAUGGCGUCCAGGAAGACGUUCUUCCUCUCUAAACCCAGCUACAUGUACCCCACCUCGGAGUCUAACAACCCAUCCACUACCACCGAUCAUUUUGAGCUGGACGAAGCUGAUCUCUGGAGCAGUUUCAACGAAAUGACCCAGGAGGGGAAAAAACAACAAUUACCCACUCUACGUUCGUCCAAGAAACACACCAGAACUGGUGAUUUGAGCGACCGGGUGGCGGCGUCGUCGGUGCCGAUGAACGUACCGGACUGGUCCAAGAUUCUGAAAGGGGAGUACAGGGAUCACAAAAACAGAGACAGCGACGAUGAUGGAGACGACGCCGACGAUGGAGACGAGGAUCACGACGGGCGGGUUCCGCCACACGAGUACCUGGCGCGGAGGAGAGGAGCGUCGUUUUCGGUUCAUGAAGGGAUAGGACGUACUCUCAAGGGCAGAGAUUUAAGUCAGGUGAGGAACGCGAUUUGGAAGAAAACAGGAUUUGAAGAUUAAAGAGUAACAGCAGAGGGAGGAGUACGAAGUGGCAGAAAUUUCUGGCAAUUUUUAUAUGCCAUAGUGUUAGCUAAUAUGAAUCAUGCAUGAUGUGCGAAGUCUCUAACUUUGCCUUCCAUGGAUUGUUGAGUUUUGGAGUAUUAUCUAUCCUCUAGUUUUGGUGUUUUGAAAUUCAUCAGAGGAUUGUUUUGGGUUAAUGUAAGUUAAUUAUGUAACUAUUGAUAAUUAAUGAGAUUUUAGGAG